AUGUAAAAUUAGUCUAUUAAAGAAUAGGAAGAAUGUGAAGGAAAAAAAAAAUUGUUCAUGAAAUGGGCAUUAAAUUCCAUGAGAAAGUAUUUCAACAUUAAUAAUUUACCAUACCAUCUUUUAUCUACUUGCGUAUCAAUUAAACCAGGAUCAAGUAGCAGAUGUGCAACUUUGUAGUCAUAUCCUAAUAAAGGAGUAUGGAAAUGUUUGUCAUAAUUACCUGAAAACAUAAGAAAAGAUUUAAAAGAACAUUUUAUUGAAGAAAUAAAACAUGUGGAACAUAAAUUCUAACAGUCUAUUUUGAUAGAGUUUUAAAAAAGGGCUAAUAAAGACUUCGAUUUUGCUAAUUUUUACAAAGAAAUAAAAAGCAAUGAUAUUCUUAUGCAUAAUUCUACUCUAGAAAAUGAAACAAAUGAUACACCUUAAUUAGAAUCUGAACAAAAGGAUAAAUAAGUAAAAUAAAAGAAAUGGUCUAAAGGUUAAGAUUUCAUAAGUGAAUCAAAACAAAUUUUAAUCUAAAUGUAGCUAUGUAAUCAACAUGCACCUCUUAUUGCUGUAAAUUAGCUUCAUUAUCACAAACUAAAAACACUUUUAGAAAAAAUUAAGGAAUAAAAGCAUAAAAUGUCAGAUGAAAUGCAACAAUUUUAAUUUGAACUUGAAAAAUUUUGCAAAUAAGAUUUCUGCUCUUUAGAUUUAGAAAAAAAAAAAAAAGUAAAAAAAAAUAUUGAUCUUUAACAACCUGAAUAAAUGGAAAUUCAAGAUUUCAAAUAACCAAGUUCAAUUAUAAAAGUAGAAAAUGAAGAAAAUGACAUUUUAAAUAGCUAUAAGGAAAAAAUUAAGAAAAUUGAACCUGGUAUUUCACUCUUUAUUCCAAAAUUAUCAUUAUUUGAUUAACAAACAAGGAAUUAUUUAUAAUAAAUAGAAGAUCAUUAUUAUAAGGAAUUAUAUUAUAAGGAAAAGGUAGAAUAGAUGGAAUUAAAUUCCAAGAAUAUCCUUUAAACUUGGAGAUAAAAUUAUUAAAUAUUAUUAUGUAAAAUAGACUAAUAGAAAAUUGAAUUCUAAUCAGAUCACAAUUGA